UCUCUCUCUCUCUCUCACUCUCUCUCUCAAUCAACGAGGCUACUGCCACCAGAGCCAAGAGUUGCCGUUCCGCGCACCGAUGCCAAAACGCGCAGGAGGAGUCAGUGCCAAAGGGUCAUUUUAGCGCACCACUGCUGAAAUGGAAGGACUGUAGGGAAUCCUAAAGAAAGACAGCAGACAUUUGACCCCCAGAUGAUAUAAUUAUAUCAUUAAAAUCAAGAAAAGCGAAAAAAAGAAGAACGGAGCUAAAUAAGAGCCAGUAUCCAUCAUCGGUGGAGUGCUCCGUACUUCAUCUGUCACCACGGUCGCCGCAGAGGUGGGCAGUCCAGGAUUUUUUUUAUCUGCAAAAAGCUCAUUGCAAAAAUAUUACUGACCUGCGCACAUAUCAGUUCAGCGGUCGCUUGUAGCCAACUGCUUCAUAAAACUACACUUUGGCUUCCUCAAUCCAGGUGUUGCUUCCUCCGAAGACGCCGCAGGACACUGUGGACAAACAAAUCCUUCCAUCCUCGUUGCGCUCCCGUCCGGCCGUUCACCUCCCAAACGCGCGUCAAAGUUACUGCUGCAGACUGUGAAUCGCAGAGGGAUUAGAAGGAAGGAAAGUUGGUCACCUGCGAUCCAGAGAGGACCGACACCACGGUCCAAGCCGACUCCAAGUGCCGUUCACCGGGCGAUGCCAGAGUAAAUGCCGGGGCAAUGUCCCGCCGCAAGCAGGUGAACCCGCAGCACUUAUCGUUGACGCACAGGGAGACAAUACAAGCAGAGGCCAAUCAUGACUCAGGGGCCGGAUCUCCAUCUCUGGAGUCGUCCUCUCCCAGCCCUCGGAGGGUGGGACACGGAGAGCAUGAUCUGCUGACCUGCGGCCAGUGCCAGACCAACUUCCCUCUGGGUGAUAUCCUGGUCUUCAUUGAGCACAAGCGCCGCCUGUGCCGCGGGCCUGCUGGCGGUCCGGGGUCCUUCUCCAAGCCUGGGGAGGCUGGCGGCAUCAUGGGCAUUCCCAUUUCCCCCAGGGCCAGGUCACUGGAGCUGGGCAGAGGGUCCAUCCCAGUGGAAGUGGGCAUCCAGGUGACUCCUGGGGGAGAGGAGGAUGAGGCGAGGAGGCUGACACCGGCCAAGGGGAUAUGUCCCAAACAGGAGAGAGGAGAUAAAGAUGAACCAUCCAGCUACAUCUGUACUACCUGCAAGCAGACCUUCAACAGUGCCUGGUUCCUGCUUCAGCAUGCCCAGCACACUCAUGGCAUCCGCAUCUACCUAGACAACCACCUAGCCAACUGCUCCCUCACUCCCCGCAUGGCUCUGCCUCCUCCCCCAGGAGCUGAUGCCUUACCCCGCUCCCCUCUCCCCACUUUCCUUGGUGAUGCCAACAACCCAUUCCACCUCCUCCGCAUGGCUGCGCCCCUGCUCAGGGAACACCCUCCCCCUCCUCCAGGGUACAUGGAGACCCGAUUGCCUGCAACGCCACCCUUUGUCAGUCCUCCACCUCCUCCUAGACCACCUCUAGAGCGGCUGGGCCCAGAGGAAAUGGGGCUGCUGUCACAGCACCCCAGUGCCUUUGAGAGGGUGAUGCGAAUGACCCCCAUGGAGCCUUCUUCCAUGGACUUCUCCCGUCGCUUGAGGGAACUGGCGGGCAACACAACCAAUAAUGGUGGGCCCACUCCUCCCCUUUCCCCAAACCGCGUGCCACCCAUGCACCGCCUGUUGAGUCCUACGCUUUUCCAACCUGGUGCCAAGCCCCCAGCAUUUCUCACCUAUGCCCCUCAGCCACCCACCUCGCAGGGAGGACACGGAUCUUCCAGCCCUCCUGACACGCAGGGUCAGAACCAGGCCCCAGGGAAAUCCAAAUCCUGUGAGUUCUGUGGAAAGGUUUUCAAGUUCCAGAGCAAUCUGAUUGUCCACAGACGCAGCCACACGGGAGAGAGGCCGUACAAGUGUCAUCUAUGUGAUCACGCCUGUUCUCAGGCCAGCAAGCUUAAAAGGCACAUGAAGACACAUAUGCACCACAAGUCCGGGGCUAUGCCUGGCUCCCCAGAACAGGAACGUAGAGGAGAGGGAGGAGAGGGAGAAGAAAAAAACAGAGAAGGAGAUACAAGGGGAAUGGGAAUGGACAAUGAGGAAGAAGAGGAGGAAGAGGAGGAAGAGGAAGAGGAGGAAGAGGAAGAAGAGGAAGAACUGAGAAAUGGAAGCCGGCCCGACUCCAACUUAAGCGAGGACUCCCAGGAGUACAGCCAGAAUAGGGAAAAUGGCCCAAGACAGUCUCCUGAGGAGAAAUCUCUAAGUGGGGAUAGAGUCAAUGAUAGCGGUGGGGUGGGCAUCAUGCACCCAUACAACCAUCUGGACAAUCACCUUAGACUUAACCCUAACAAGAGAAGCUUGGAGAGACAACCUAAUGGAGAUGGUGGAGAGAGGGGUGAAGCAGAAAGACAAAGAGAGAAUGAGAGAGAACAUAACAGAGAGCGAGAUGAGCAGGAGGACCAGAGGCCUGUGGUGAAUGGCAGGAUCAGUGUAUCUGAAGCAGAGUCCUUCCCUGGGCUGUUCCAGCGUCGACCCACCCCUAUCACUAGCCCUAGCCCCUCCAACAACAAGAGGAUCAAGAUAGAGAAAGAACAGCUGGAACUUCCCCCGACCAUACCCCUUAUCUCUCCUGAAAACGUCUACUCCCAGCUCCUGGCUGGCUAUGCUGCUUCACGCCACUUCAUCCGAGAACCUUUCUUGGGAUUCACUGAUUCCCGUCAGUCACCGUUUGCAACAUCCUCUGAGCACUCAUCUUCAGAGACAGGAAGCCUUCGCUUCUCCACCCCACCUGGGGAGCUGAUGGAGGGUGGAAGUGCCUCGGGGCGCAGUGGCAGCAGCACCCCUCACCUCUUGCGGGGACCUGGACCCGGCAGGCCUCCAAGCUCCAAAGAGAGGAGGAAUGACACCUGUGAAUACUGCGGCAAGGUGUUCAAGAACUGCAGCAACCUGACGGUGCACCGACGCAGCCACACAGGGGAACGGCCCUACAAAUGCGACCUGUGCAGCUACGCCUGUGCCCAGAGCUCCAAGCUGACGCGCCACAUGAAGACCCACGGGCAAUUUGGAAAAGAGGUGUACCGCUGUGACAUCUGCCACAUGCCCUUCAGUGUCUACAGCACACUGGAGAAACACAUGAAGAAAUGGCAUGGCGAACAUUUGAUGACCAGUGAGGUCAAAUUAGAGCAAGCGGACCGAGGUUAAGCCAGCAACCAUUAGUUAUUCAGUGUACACAAACACUCUCUCUCCCACGCAUAUACACAAACACACAUUUACAUGCACACACAUAAUCUCUAUAACCACUUCUUCAGCAAUGGGGCUUGGCUGGAAAAUCUCUCUCUUAAAAAAAAAUUGAGAUUGAUUGAUGUUCAUCUUUUUUUCUUGUCACAGAAACUGCCACCUGAGAAUAUAAACAAAGGGAAACUUUAAUGAGAACUUGUCUGGAAUGCCCAACUUGGUUUUUCCUGGCAAACUGUCUGAGGAUUUUAUCAGUUAGGAAUCCAUGGAGCCUUUCUACUGUGCAAUAAUUUCUGUAUUUAUUGGAUUUUUGUAAUGAUAUUUGGCAUGUGCAGGUACAUCUUUGUGGGAUUUCAUAUGGAGUUAGUUUUGAAAUGUGCUAAAAAAAAAAAACUUUUUUUUUUUUUUCUAAAAUGGGAUAACUGAAAAGAAGUCACCCUUAAUACAAAUGUUCUUUUGUUCCUAUAAGGAAGCUUAUUAUCACGUGAAAGUAACUUUGUGUGAAGCAGUUAAGCUUUUAAAAGUAAAAAAUAAUUGUUUUCUAUAUUAACUGCAGCAGCGGACUACAAUCCAUUCCCUCAUACAGGCCUAAAGCACUGAAUGUCAGCCUGACAAGAAAACAUCAUGCUGGAUUUUAAAAAUCCAACAUUAUUGUAGAGACCUGGAAAGAGUUAAUAUUAAUUUAUUCAGGGAACUUUGUCCUUUUAAAUAUUGGCAUGUGAAUAAUUUCAAAAUGCAGUUACUGUAUUGCUGUCCUUGCUUCAGUAAGGACAUAAAUAAAGGUUGCACUUGGAGAUACCCUUAACUGAUGCUCAGUACAUUCCCAAUGUAGGAUUAAACCACCAUAUUUAAUAUGUUGAAUAAUUUAAGACUACUUGUGAUUAAUGUGAGACGGAGAACAGUCCUGUUUAUGGUUUGUAAAUAUAUUCUUUUUUUAUAUGUUAAAGUAGCCCUUACUGUACGUGAAAGAUGGCCUAAAACUAAACAAUCAGAAGACCAGCUGCUUGCAUCAUCCACAGUAUAUGCUAAAUGUAACUACCAUACAUUAUUGCUUUUAUCAGAUCCAUUUAAUUACCUCUCCCACAACCCCACUCCAUGUGUGCUUAUUCAAAGGUAAUUUGUUAAACAAAAGCUACUUCAACAAUUGUAACACUUUUCUAAAUCAUUCUACAUCUCCCUCUCGUGUGUGGCGUGGCAACUCUCUCCGACCCAGGUUGACUUCCUGUGUCGCCUUCGGAUCCACAAAAUGGUUUCAAAUGAAAUUCAUAUCAGAAUGUGUUAGCGUGUGUUCUUCUCUCUGCAGUGUGCUCUAAGCCUCUCUCUGACGGCGUCUUUUCACAGUUCACUAGCUCAGAUUCAUGCAUUAGAGCGGCUUUUAAAAGGAAGCCUGUUCAUUCGCCUCACAAAGCGAUAUGGGUUUAACUCCCAGUAACAGAUUUUGAGACAGUGUGCAUGUUCGUGUCUUUUGGGGAUUACCGUUUUUAUUUUCUGCAUCGUUCAUCCUGAAAUGAAUCCAGCGCAAAAAAAUGUUAUAUGAGUUAUGAUAAUUUUGAGCGCAGCUGCACUGGGGGACGGCCGGGCGACCUUGAGUAGGGGCUAUUCUUAUAGCAAAAAUGAAAGAUUGGAACUGAGAAAUGAAGAAAUGUGAGAAAGAAAUGGAGGGAGAGAGAGCAAGACCUUGACCGGGGAGAAUAGUCAUUCAAAUGAAAUUGGAAGCAUAUGAAAAGUGAAUUUUUUUUGUACCCAAAUGCACAUCUACUGGCCACAUCUUAUAACAGGCCAUCAGAGUGAGACAGAGUGAGCGUGAGAGGGGGGGAGACAGCAAAACCACAUGAAAGGAGAUUGAGACUACAUCUUGCAUUUUAGUACUGCAAUUCUCAAUCAUCAAAAUCAUUGUCACUUGAAGGUUUGACCUGCUAUUUCGGCCUGUUGUCAGGUUCUAUCUGCUCCACUCUGAUAUAAAAAAAAAUAUAUAGAUAUAUAUAUAUAUGCUGUACCUUGAAUGCAAAUUCUUUUUGUUUUGGCAAUCUUUAGAAAUGAUGAGGUCACAAGAGCUCUCCAUAAGCUAUUCAGUUACCACGUAGUUCAAUAUAUUUUAUAUGAAUUAACAUGAAAAAGCUAGAUCAGCUCAAGAGCUACUUUCAGCUUGCUUACACAUGUUGAUGCAUGAGUGGGAAACUCAAGGUCCUGUUGUAAACACACAGCGUAUUAAUUCCCAGAAAACUCAGUUCAGCGUCAGGCCAGAUUGAGCCAUACAACUAUGAAAUAUAACACACUCAACUGAUGAACAGUGGAACCCACACGGAGAGCCAAAUCACACAUGGACAUUCAGUCUUACAAUAUGUUUACAGUGUUGAAGUAUGCCAUUGAUUAAAUACUCUGUGUAAGUGUUUAAAAUGAUAAUAAAGUAUUGUUUUCUCCAAUGUUCUUUCAAAUGAUUUGAAUGCCAUAGCAGUUUUGUAUGAUUAUCCUGGUGGAGGGAUUUUAUCUACAUAAAUAUGUUUCUGUAUGAUUACUUGUUCACUGUAUGGACAGUUUUUUAAGUGUAAUAUUGCAGAAUCAUGCCAGAUUUUUUUUUCUAACAACAGUGGUGCCAUUUUCGAGUUGUGGUAUCGUCAUCUUUUAAUUUUUAAUAUGUUUUCUUUUCUUUUUCUUUCUUUUUUUGUUUUUUUGAAUGGGGUUCCUGUUGUUGGUUGUUUGAAGCCAUCCUUUGUGGAUGUAAAAAUAAAUAAAUAAGUAAAAAAGGAGAAGUUUAAAGGAAGAACCUUCGGCAGGGGAAUACAGUGGUUUACGCAGGAAUGCUUUUCCACAUCGGUUUUAUGAGACGUUCAUGGACAUUAUUAUUAUGAUUUUCUUUUUGUUUUUCCUCAUGGUUGGUUGAAGGUCUUGUGAUGACACAACUGUAAUUUUGAAAUACAUUUUCAUAUUUCACUUUUCACAACUUUCACUUACACUCUUUGUACAAAAUAGUUUCCUUGUUCUUUCUUUUGGGAGGGGGGAGUGCAUCAUUGUGGAAAAAAGUGAUUUCAGAACAGUACACAUCUGCUGUUUUGAACAUAUAUGUAUUUUUGUAAUGUGUUGAAAAAUCAAUACAAGAAAGCCAACACUUCAAUAAAUGUUGCAAUUGCUCUAUGAUUGAAA